CGUGCGGGCCAUUAAAGCUCAGGGACAGCACACCUUCUCCUUGUGCACCAUUCAGUCGGCUUUUCCUGCAGCGUCCCCUUCUCACUGCACACAGAUCCACCGCUGGUGAAUUCGUGUGUAUUUAAUAUGUGCUCCCUAUAGCUAAUAUUUACAGCAACUGGUUAUCCACUCUGGUUGAUUUGCAGGUGCAUCAUGUGUUGGAAAUGGUAUGUCAGGGUGCACGCGCACAGCAUGUUCCCUCCCCGAACAGGAGGGUAGACAUUUCACAGGACUUCAAAACCCAAUGCAUUAAAAUUACAAAACAAAACACCAACUAUUUUGGGAUUCACAUCGAAAUGGCAACAUAUGCUACACAUUAAACAUCAGCCGCUACCGAAAGUUUAGCUAUUCUGGGUCCAUCCUGAAUGGUGCUGAAGAUGCACAGAGCAGAUGCCUCCCUACCUCCUCCCGUCCUCUUGGAAGCUCCCUUGCAGGUCCAUCUGUGGGUACCAAAGUGCUGGAAUGCUCCUUCUGUUCGCCUGUUUGCGCGGCACUGGCAGGAUGGCUCCCCGGUCACAUAAGGCAGCUGGGCUUCUGCAAGGCUCUGCUCAGGGCAUGGGGCAGCGCUGGCAGGAUCAGGGGCUGUGCGAGAGCCAGAGCUGGCGGCAGCAGCAUGCGUGCGGCGUCUGAGGCUCAGGGCGCGAGAACCACAUAAGGUGCCCGCCGGAGCCUCCCACCUCGCCUGUCUCAGCUUCCCCCGGCAGAAACUUCACGGCUCCCUCACGCACGGUCCAGGCUUCUCCGGGGGGGCUUGGCACCGACAGCCGCAUGCAUGACACUCCGAAAAGGAGAGAAAAUGACCAUAAGUAUCCAGGAGCACAUGGCUAUUGACGUCUGCCCUGGCCCCAUCAAACCCAUCAAGCAGAUCUCCGACUACUUCCCCCGCUUCCCCCGUGGGCUCCCCGCCGCCGUCGGCCGCAGCAGCACCCUGCGCUCUGCCGUCAGCCAGCCCUCCGUCAGCCCUGCCGAGGCCCCCCGUGAAGAGGAUGAGGACGUGGACCAGCUUUUCGGGGCGUAUGGCACGACACCCACUGAGCAGCCAGCCAAGUGCCAAGCACCUGAGGAGGUGGUGGACCCUGAGGGCUACGAGUCCGACGACUGCACCACGCUGGGGACGCUGGAUUUCAGCUUGCUCUACGAUCAAGAAAACAACGCACUCCACUGCACGAUCAAUAAAGCCAAGGGCCUGAAGCCGAUGGACCAUAAUGGUUUGGCUGAUCCAUAUGUCAAAUUGCACUUGCUUCCCGGAGCCAGUAAGGCGAAUAAGCUGAGAACCAAAACGCUGCGCAACACGCUGAACCCCACCUGGAAUGAGACACUCACCUACUACGGCAUCACCGACGAGGACAUGAUCCGCAAGACCCUCCGGAUCUCGGUCUGUGAUGAGGACAAGUUCCGCCACAACGAGUUCAUUGGGGAGACGCGGAUCCCGCUGAAGAAACUGAAGCCCAACCAGACCAAAAACUUCAACAUCUGCCUGGAGAAGCAGCUGCCGAUAGAUAAAACAGAGGACAAGUCGCUGGAGGAGCGCGGCCGGAUCCUCAUCUCCCUCAAGUACAGCUCGCAGAAGCAGGGGCUGCUUGUGGGCAUCAUCCGCUGCGCCCACCUGGCCGCCAUGGACGCCAACGGCUACUCCGACCCCUACGUCAAAACUUACUUGAAACCAGAUGAGGACAAGAAAUCAAAGCAUAAGACGGCAGUGAAGAAGAAGACGCUGAACCCCGAGUUCCAUGAGGAGUUUUGCUACGAGAUAAAGCAUGGCGACCUGGCGAAAAAGACCUUGGAAGUCACAGUGUGGGACUACGAUAUUGGGAAAUCAAACGAUUUCAUAGGUGGAGUCGUGUUAGGAAUCAAUGCCAAAGGCGAGCGGCUGAAGCACUGGUUCGACUGCUUGAAAAACAAGGACAAGAAAAUCGAGCGCUGGCACACGCUAACGAACGAGCUGCCGGGGGCCGUCCUCAGCGAUUGAGCGCCACGGGAGCCGCUCCCCGGGCGGGCACAGCUCUGCCGCCCACCGCCUUUGGACUUCUCUCGUUUACGGCUUUGGAUCCGGGGGAUCGUGGUACCGGGGCAGUCGGGAGAGCGGGACACCCCGCGCCACGGCCUGGCUGCAGGGAAACCCUGCCCAGGGAAGACGGCAGCGGCGGUUUGCUCUGCUCAGCAGGUCCCGUCCCCUAAAGGCUUGUCCAAAAUGCCUCUUUGCACCCUGACACACUCUCACACACACUCACGGGCAUGCACAGACACACACACACGCGUGUGCGCACGCACGCACACGGGCACCACACGCCUGCAUGCACUGCGGUUCCGACUCCUCUCCUAACUCUUUGCUAUACUGAAUUACCUUCUCCCUGCCUUGCAAUUCAGUGGCAAAAAUGAAUGCAUCAGUCGUCUCCGUCCGUGUAUCUAAUAUGAGCAAAAGGCGUCACUAAAACCUGGGACUAUUUUCUCGAGGCGAUUGUGCCAUAUUUCUGGUGGUUUGUCAGUCUCUGUGGUUUGGGCCUAAACAGUCUUUUAUGCAUUUAAAGCUCCUCCAUUGGAAUGAUUGUGUCCCCCGGUAACCUAGGAAGACUCUUUGCUUUUCUUCCAGAAAUGUUGUGCUCGUCCUUCUCCGAUAACCUGCGUGAAGUUGGCCAGCAAGCUGAAAGCGAUGUGCGGACCACGGCUUCCCUCUCCCUGUCCCCAGGAGCGGGUGGCUUCACCUUUGCGGAAUCGAGGGGGCAAAAUCAAAAAGCGAAGCGAAGCCACCGGCUAUUCCUGCUUCCCGGGACUGGCAGCGAAACCUCACGCUGCCCUCGCAGCAGCCGCUCUCCUAAUGAAACCAUGCCUUCCCACCCGGAACCACCCAGCCCAGGCUAUUUUUCCGGCAUUCCCGUUAAAUUUUUCUAUCACUUUUCCUUUAUUCCUUCUUUUCCAAUUCAUGCCGUUACCCUAAAACCCAACCAAGGUGCUUUACACUGCAAUCGUGUUAACACCUCGUUUGAUAUGGGGGCGGGGGGGGGGG